GUUCCUAUCUAAUUCUACGAGUCUUCGGAUUAUAAAUAACAAAACGGCGUUGUCCAUGGUGCCCGUAACACUUUACCUUAUUAUUUUACAUGGCUAUACCAAUAAGUGACACUUGUUGAUGGCGGCCGGUGGAACUGCUUACCGACUGGAUGGCCGAAGUGUGAACAUUUUCAGGCAGUCAUUAAAUAGGGAAGGAUUUGGACGAAACUUUGCGUCAGGUCCAUGCUGAGUGUUUGCAUGUUUCAAAUGCAUCACUCGCUUCUAUUUUCAGUCGAAAAAGAGGUUUCGUACAUGCGAUAAAACACAUUCAUAGUCUUUAUACACUUACUACAUCUCCUCAAUGGAAUGUUCGCGCUACCCUUUUUUCAGUGAUAGUAUGUAUGCAUUUUCUCGGAAUGGUUCCUUUUAUGACAAAUCGAUUAUCAAGUGUUUGUUUCCAUGACUCUGUAUCACCAAAGGUGUACCGUUCCAACAGCUCUGGGUUGGUGUCGGAACGGGAAGUCAAUAAGAUACAUUUUUACCCUUUCUCACUCGCUCUCGUCUAAACAUUCCAUCGUACCUUCAAAGUCCUUUGGGUAGUGUGGAAGUUAGCAUUGUCACAACGCAUUCCUCGUUAAGUAGUUUUGUCCUUUGUGAUAGUUAUUAAUCGAAAAGUGUGUCACCAGAGCGACGCAUCGAGGCUCUCAAGUGAUCAAUCCAACAGAAACAAUUCGUAUCACGUGGAAAUGAGUAAAACGGCUGUUGGCAUUCUUGGUGGCGACGAUGAACUGCUGCAGAGCUUCGUUCGCGUGGGACUCCACUCUGAAGGGGGCGGCGAUGGUCAGCAUAUGCAAAAUCUCGUCUCGGGAGGUGGUGGUAGUGGCAGUGGUGGUGGUGGUGGUGGUUUAGGUGCAUCUGGAAAUGCCGAGCCUCACCGGAUGAGCCACCCGAAAGGUGAACAACAUCUAGUACGACAAUACUCUGACCAUAUGUCGGAAUUUAGCGAUAAAAAUGGUCCCCGAAAGUACAGAAACUUGUUCAACGAACCUAUCGACAUGAAAAAACGUCGGUACUUCGACGAGGUGUACACGGACAAAGAUCGUGCAGCCGCAGUUAGCAUUGGGAGCUAUGACAUAAAGCAAAACCUUCUCAACAAGCGCCGUGCGGAGAGACACGAUGCGUUGCAACUGCCUGAGCAAGCAGACCCGGGCGCAAUUCUGGCACUUGGAAUGCGUGAGAUAAAAAAUCGGAACCUGGACAACGCCGUCCAUUUUCUAUCCAAGGCUUUGGAUAUGAACAACAAUGACCAAAGCGCGCUGGUAGCUAGAAGUAAAUGCUACCUUCAGCUGGGUGAACCUGCCAAAGCCCUACAAGAUGCCGAAACCGCACUUCUAUUGGAUAAAACCAACAUAAGAGCCAUUUACCAGAAAGCGGAAGCUUUAUACUAUUUGGGCCAAUUUGAGCACAGCUUAAUGUUCUUCCAUCGUGGGUUAAGAUUACGACCUGAGCUGGCUAGCUUCAGGUUGGGAGUUCAAAAAACACAGGAAGCAAUAGAAAACACUAUUGGUAGUAACACCAAAAAUUUACCACCGAAAAAACCAACCAAAGUGGAUAAACCGAAAACUACAAAGAAGGUUCCUCUAUCGAGAGAAGAAAUGGAUAAGAGAGCUGCUCGCAGACUGCUGGGUGAUCUUUACGUUGAUAAGGAGUACUUGGAAAAUCUUCUCAAACAUCCAGACCUUAAGAAGGCUGACACUAACACUGAGGGUGUUUCAGAGUUGGCGAAAGACGCGAUUAAUUUUCUUAACAAUAGACAGGAAUUUUGGCGCCAACAGAAACCAUGCACUAGUUUGAAUGCAAAGAAAAUGGAUAGCAACAACGGCGGCUUGCCGAGAUGGUGAAAUUCGAUGAUUAUUUCAGGUAUAAUUUAGUAAAGAUGUUUCUAGUACCAAGAGAAAGUAGUCAUCCUCUAGGGAGAGAUAUGCGAAGAUGCCAUAUGGAGCCAGAGAAACUGUAAAAUUUUAGAGCCAACCGAUACAAACCCGCCAUUAUUUGGUAGCACUGUUAGCUUUUAACAAUGGUUCCCAAUUUUUCUGUUUUUUCCUCCGCACAUCUCUGACAACGAGGAUAAUUAAGAGAAAGUUCAUUUACUAGCUUACGCUGUGUUGUGUAAUAAUUGACUCAUUACCUUUUCAUUAGAAAAUCCUUACGAUUCAGAUGAUAUUAAUUAAAAACUAAUGUAAACUCUU